AGCACCCGUUGUCCAUCGAAUAUCAUCCCUCAUAGAUUACUAAGCGCGGUGUUUGUAGAGGGGGGACACAUCCAACUUCAUCAUCAGCAGGUUCCCAUCAAACCAUUUGAAAGGGAAAUCAAUCAUGGCUACCACAUCCGUAGUCAAGUGAGUUUGUUCAACCUUCCGCUACUUUACGCCCCAAUCCCAUGGCUAACAAUAAUUAUUAUUCUUCCACAGGAGCCUGUACCGCCGUAGUCUCAAGUUGUCGCUAGACUGGUGUGUCCGAAGGGACAUCUGGAGAUCCCAGGCGCUCAAUAUCCGAGAUUUGUUUGAAGCAAACCGGGACGUCAGGGAGCCUCGACAAUUGAGGGUAUGGAGGCUCGCUUCCUCGCUUUCGGAUGGAUGGAUGGAGGGCUGACAUUCUGAGCUGUGAAAGAUCAUUCUUCAGGAAGCGGAAGAAGCUUUGGAGAGAUGGAAGCAUCCGGAUCCGUAUAGGGCCCCGACUGCCCCUGGAGGUAACUAUCGAAUCUUGAGAGUGUUCCCGUUGUGCAUGCUCGGUUUCUCACGAGUUCCCAGGCUCUAA